AUGGAGGCAAGGCAGCUUUUGGCUGGCCUGACGGCUACCGCCACGGCGGCGGCGCCGACCGGCACGCCGCUACUCGCCGCCAAAGGCCGCAGCUGCGGUACGUUAUCCCUUCCAGCAGGCGGAAUCCUCUCGAUACCCGGCGGAGAAAUUGUCACUCUCACUGCUGCGGCCGAUUUCAAGCCGGUGUGCACCCCAGUUGCUCCUCCUGCCAUUAUCGCCAAUGGUGGCGGAGGAUCAGUCUCAAUUGACCACUCAGUCGAUGGAGACGAUUGGGCCUACUCGGACCGUGGCGACCCGUUUUAUGCCUCGACAUUUCCCCAGUGCUAUGCUCUGGCUGCCACCACGGUUGUGGCAUAUAUGUUGGUCAUCAUGCUCUUCGCGACGCCACGGUCUUUCCUCGACGGCGGAGUCGUCGUUCUCGGACGGAAAGGCUUCACAAACGGGGGAUCCGGCCCCAGCAUUGGCGGGCGGCCAUGGCUUCAAAAAGUUGCCGCUCUCACCGUUGCUAUCUCCCUGACCAUUGCGAGCGCCGCUACGUUCCGUGUUGCCGAGGAACAGUACUCACUGGGUUAUCAAAACGCGAGGACGCUGCAGAUGGAAGUCCUUGGCGGCAACGAACUCAAGAUAAUUCGCAUCAUAUCCAACACCUUUCUCUGGCUUGCCCAGGCGCAGACGCUAAUCCGUCUCUUUCCGCGCCAGCGAGAAAAGGUAAUCAUCAAGUGGACUGCCUUUGCGUUGAUCAUCUUGGACGUCAUAUUCCAAUCCCUCAACAGCUUUCAAUACCAAGGGCAAACUGCGGCAGGACCUGGAUCAUUUCAGGAUGCAGUCCCGGCUCUGAGCUAUCUCUUCGCACUUACCUUAGGCGUCUUGUAUGCCGCUUGGGUCAUUUACUAUUCCCUCACCAAGAAGCGGUAUGCGUUCUGGCAUCCCCAAAUGAAAAAUAUCUGCCUUAUCGCUGCCUUAUCACUGCUGUCGAUUCUCAUUCCCGUCGUCUUUUUUACCCUGGAUAUAUCUAAGCCCGAAUUUACUGGAUGGGGAGAUGUCGUCGUGUGGGAAUGGGUGGAAAGAAUAGAGGCCUUGGAACGGGAGGAGAAGAAAGACGGAAUCUUAGGGAGGGAAGUAUUUGAUGGAGACGAGAUGCUGGAAUUGUCCCCGUCAGAUACACAUAUCAGAAGGAGGAGGAAGGGCAGCGGUGCCGGGGAUAAGGAGACGAGCGCCGCAUCUCGAAGAGAUGAUAGCACUAGUGCAGCCCGGAGCGGGAAAUGGCCAUCUGUCACGUCGAUCCGAGACAGGUAUAGGUCUCGGGCCGAACCAAGGACGGCGACAAAGCCCACGGACCCGGCCAGCACCCAGUCGUCCAACCAUGACAGGAUACGAUUCUUACAGCCGCCCCUGUGGCCUGCGCGACCGCGCCCGGCGGUCACCCCAGUCAGCCGCACGGAUACUGCAAGCGCCGCAAGCACUAUUUACGCCGUCCGGUACCAUCCGCUUACCGAGACAACGUCUCGUAAUACCCCGCCACCCGAGCAGAAUAAUGUGCCGCUGGAUGGGAGUGACAGCUUGGCUUCAAGCCGCUCCAGCGAGGAUGGGAGCCCGAGCGAGGCCGGAGACGCGGCUUCACAGAUCAUUCAGGCAGCCCCAGUGGCUCAAAACUCGGCGGCAUCAUCGGGCCGGUGGCGCGCACUAACGCAGAGGGUUCCUUUCAGCCGCACCCGCCGCCCCGACGAGGAACGAGCGCUGCCACGUGCCGAAAGUAACGUGUUGCCAGAGGAGAGUAAAAGUGGGUGUGGGAGUGGUAGUGCUGGCGGCGGCGGCGGCGGCGGCGGCGGCAGCAGCAGCAACGGGAGUGGUAAAUGGGACCUUCGGGGCCGUUUGGAAGAGUUUGCCGCGUCACAGGCGGAGCGGCUGCGCGAGAAGUUUCGGCCGACCCCCGACACGGAUAGCCUGCCGGUUACUGUCAUACCUGCGCCGCCGCGCAGAGGCGCCGCGCUUGCCGAGUUGCUCGAAGAGGAGGAACAACUGAGAGCCCAACAGGCUGCUGCUGCCGCCUUAGAGGUCAUCACCCCUUCAGCCAUGUUGGAUCCCCGCCGAAACAGCACAGAAGCCAAAGGUCCAACCUUCCCAAGGCGAUCAACAACAUCUCAUUGGCUUUAA